CCCAAACAAACCCAACCAUCUGAAGCCAUGGAGCCUUCCUAUUCAUGGCUUGUUCCAUCCAUAGCAUCGCUUCUUACACUAGCCAUCCUCUCAAAACUCUUCAUUUUCGGGCGCCGGCGUAACCUUCCACCUGGUCCUAGACCUUGGCCCAUCGUCGGCAACCUGAACCUCAUCGGCCCUCUCCCGCACCAAUCCCUUCACAACCUUUCCCAGAAAUACGGCCACCUAAUGCAGCUAAAAUUCGGCUCUUUCCCAGUGGUUGUCGCCUCAUCGGCCGAAAUGGCCAAACAAUUUCUGAAAACACAUGAUCAGACCUUUGCUUCUCGUCCCGCGAUGGCUGCCGGAAAGUACACCACUUACAAUUACAAUGAUCUAACCUGGGCGCCCUACGGGCCGUUCUGGCGCCAAGGUCGCAAGGUUUUCCUCUCAGAGCUGUUCAGCCUCAAAAGGUUGGAAUCUUUCGAGUACAUUCGCGUCGAGGAGCGGCAGGCUUCCCUUGCUCGGCUAUUCAAGCUUUCGGGCAAGCCGAUCAGGCUGAAAGAUCAUCUCUCGCGUUUGACACUAAGCGUUAUAAGUAGAAUCGUGCUGGGAAGAAAGUAUGUUGGGGAAUCUGUGGAUGAUAAGUCGAUUGUGGUGCUUGAAGAGUUCCAGGAGAUCUUGGACGAAUUGUUUCUGCUGAAUGGGGUGUUGAAUAUUGGAGAUUGGAUACCAUGGAUUGAGUUCUUGGAUUUGCAGGGGUAUGUGAAAAGGAUGAAGACCUUGAAGGAGAAGUUGGAUAGGUUUAAUGAGCAUGUGCUUGUCGAGCAUGAGGUGAGGAGGAAGCUAGAAGGGAAGGGCUUUGUGCCCAGGGACAUGGUGGAUGUGCUGCUGGAGCUGGCUGAUGACUCAUAUCUCGAGGUUAAGUUUACCAGCGACAGUGUCAAGGGGUUCAUUCAGGACCUCAUAGCUGGCGGCACAGAUACCUCAGCAACAACAGUGGAAUGGGCUCUUUCUGAGCUCUUGAAGCACCCAAACCUAAUCACUAAGGCAAUCGAAGAGCUCGACAGAGUUGUGGGCAAGGAAAGAUGGGUAGAAGAAAGAGACUUUCCCCAUCUUCCUUACCUAGACGCAAUAGUAAAGGAGACAAUGCGUCUCCACCCGGUGGCCGUACUGCUUGCACCGCACCAGGCGCUUGAAGAUUGUCAGGUAGCCGGCUACCAUAUCUCCAAAGGAACUAGGGUUUUCAUCAACGUAUGGAGCAUGGGAAGGGACCCUAAGCUGUGGGAAUCACCUGAACAGUUUCAGCCAGAAAGGUUUUUAGGGAAAGCCAUUGAUGUGAAGGGACAUAGCUUUGAGUUGAUACCUUUUGGGUCUGGGCGAAGGAUGUGCCCAGGAUAUAACCUUGGAUUGAAGAUGAUAUGCUCGAGCUUGGCCAAUGUUCUGCAUGGGUUUCAUUUGAAGUUGCCUGAGGAUGUGAAGGAAGAAGAUGUGAGCAUGGAGGAAGUUUAUGGAUUGGCUACUUUUCGAAAGGUUCCUCUUGUUGCAGUUAUGGAGCCUCGGCUUCCAAGUUAUCUUUAUCAGUGAACUUUGCCUUAAUUAUAAUUAAUAAUCAUCCAAAUAAUAAAAUGGAGACUUAAUUAGAAAUAAGUCUUGAUGAAGUAUUUGCUUA